GAUUCUUGCAGAGAGGCUCAGACCGACUGUCCCGCUUCCAACUGCAGAAGACCUGCAGAAGGUUUGCGAUCAGCAAAGCUUUCGCCAUGUUAGCCAAUCAGAAGCUUCUAAUUGAGACCAUGCAGGCAUGUCACAGGCACAAUGAGAACAUACUUUCGCUGGUCAGCAAAGUGUGCGCCAAGAUGAGUCUGGCAGACAUCGGCUCCGAGUGUGAGCAGGUUCGUGAAGUUCUGAAGGACACUGGCACCAUGUUCUCAACUCUUCAAGAUGCCUCAACUGCGGAUUUAUCACAAGUCUUGGGCGAUGUGAAGAAGUACGCUGCCGAAGUGGUGACGCAGGAGUCUCGCGAGAUGCAGUCGGCUCUGCACAAGAAAACCGAUGCCCUAACCCAGGACGUGAACGAACGCUUCAAGAAGCUUGAGGCCCGGGUGCUCUCUGACUUGGGUAGUGGUGAAGGUGAACCGAAGGGUACGAAGGGUGACAGCCAACUCCUGAAGAAGAUGACAAAUCGGAUGAGUGACUUUGAAUCUCAAGUUUCUGCACAAAUCCAGCAGCUGACCCAGGAUGUGGAGAAGAAGAUUUCCUUCUUGGGCUCUCAGCGUGCAGGUGCCGACACCGUACCAGGUUUGGAAAGCUUAGCACAGGAUGUGGACACGGUGAAGUAUGACAUUGGAGAGCUGAAGGACUUGUUGAACGGCACCAAGAACGACACUUCCCAAGUUAAGCGAAUUGUAUUGGCUUGCGAGAGGGAUAUGGAGGAUUUUACCGCUGCCAUGGAUGCCGUGAAUGUGGAUUUGGACGAGAUGCGUGCACGAGUGGAUUCGACGCAUUCCAUUAUCACAUCUCGGCAGCGCGUGGAGGCGACGGUCACCGCUGAGAUUUCCACAAUCCGAUUGGACAUGGGUGACAUGCAAGAGGCAUUGAAAGCGCACGAUGCCUGGAUGGAGGAUGUCUCCCAAAGUUUACAGGAGGUUCACGAACGCUGCCAGCAGCUUUCAGAGGACAUCGGUGAACAUGCACAAAACACUCAAGCAAAACUCGAAGCGAAAACCGACGUCACUGCGUGGAAUGACAUGAACGACGACAUCGAUUCCUCUAUCAAGACUGUAAGGGAUAUGGCAUCAGCCCUCCGUUUGGAGGUUGACAGCAGGCGACGCAAGGUUGAUGAAGAUGUGGGAAGCUUGCGCGAGCAGCUUAAAACUUUGGCCGAGAGGGUGGACGCCAAUGCUUCAAACAUUCAGCGCUAUGUGGAUGACACGCACCAGAUUGUCUCGCAGCGUUUGGACGAACGUGUGCAGCACUGCAAGGAUCUGGAGAACGCCUUGGGCCGUCACAGCGAGACCCACCAGCAGAUUCACUCUAAGAUGGAUACCCACCGAGAAGACUUUGAGACAAGGACGUCUCAGCUGGAAGCACACCUGCAAAAGCAAGACGAAGAUUUGCACAAGGAGGUGAACGAUCGCAUUGAUGGUGUUGAGCGGCGCAACUCCAAUCUCUCAAAGGAGAACUCGAAGCGCCUGAAUGCCUUGGACCUACGCAUUGCUGGACUACAAGGAGCCAGUGGAGAAUCGAAGAGGGACAUUGGAAAGCUUCGAGAUGAGGUGAACAAUUUGACGGUGAAAAGUGCAGCGCAUGACGUGGACAUUGGCAAGAAUAGCGACGACCUCCGGAAGCUUGAGCGCCAACGUGUGGAGGACAACCAACGCCACAAGCAGGAUGUUGACGGCAUUUACGAGGAGCUUGAUCAGAAGGUCUAUGAGAAGAACUUUCAGAAUUUGGAGGACAAUGUCACCAAGCUCACUCGUGGCACAGUGAAGCUCUGUCAGGUGGUUGGAGUCUUCCCGGGUGCUCGAAUGAAUGACGGCACGGAGGAAGAGCUGGACGUGGAUGUGGAACUGCUAAACUGGGAGGAUUGCGCGCAGAACCUGGUGAGCCGCGUGGACAAGACCUGGCGCCAAGUUUCUUCGCAAAAAUACCGCAGCAUUCUUGAUUUGCUUGGAAAAAAGGCAGACCACUCAGUCUUGCGGCUACUUCAAAUCUCACAGCAACAUAUUGAGAGCCAACUGGAUCGCGUGCGUCAUGAACGAGAGCUGUGGAAGGAAGUUGUGGACAAGCGGGCGCAACAACCAUUGCAACUUGCCCUUACGCUGAAGGACCCGCACACUGGGCAACCUUUGCCUGGACCUCCAGGAUAUGGCCUUCCAGGAUUGGAUGGAAAUUCAAUGGGAGGGCCCUUAUCAGCUCGAGGGCUUCCCACCAUGACGGGAGACCCCAUGAUGCAGCUUGGGCCUGCAGGACAAGGCAUGGGUCCAGAUCAGCCAAAGGCCUCCCCAUUGGCCAAGCGCAUUGCACGACCUCCACAGGGGCCACCUGCACCAAAGGCCUCCUGAAUGCAAAGAAUGUUUAUUGGUUUCUCAAUCUAAUUCGUGCCUUCCGCAAAGUAUGCUGAUCCUUUCGAAACUGAGACCGGGUUGGGAGUCUGGCUUUUGCAAGAACAUAUAUAAAGCUCUGCAAGAACAGACUCACAUCAUGCUUUGGCCUUCAAGAGAUUGGUGAAGAAUCCCAACCUAAAGAUCAUGAGUGCCGGUAUUGCAUUCAACUCGAGUGUCACGAUCCUUAGCAGCACUUGAAACAAAGCAAGUGUCAACUGCCAAGUCUGCAACAGAUUUGUUUUGUACCUUGGACAAUUCGGCCAGAGGCAUCGCCUGUGGAAAGCCUAGGUGUUUUUGCUUCCUAGCUGCUCCUAGCUUCCUGCAUUGGCUCCGCAUCAAAACACCUCAACUCUGA